AUGACCUCCUCCGACCUGCUGCGGACCUGCUUCGUCUCGGCCUGCGCCAACGCUCUUUUCAACAAGCGCGACAGCAAUCCGCUGGAUCUCCACAAGGCCGCCGUCGUCGCCAGAAGAACGACCCGUCUCAGCGCUGCCCUUUCCCUUACACACCGCUUGCACCGACUCUCACUUACCACUACUGCCAGGCCUGGCCGCCGACGAAGAACUCCGUGGUCUGACUACCACCCCCAAAUUCUGCGCUGGCGUUCACGCUCUCUGUCCCCAUCAAAACUUACAACGAACCGAUUCGAGGUCAUCCGCCGUAGCGCAAGAACAUCAGCCCUAAUGGACGAGAUGGUGUUGCUCCAGCGAAGCAUAGACGAAAGCAUGCGGAAUGGCACCUCUACUCUCGAAGAGCGGCGCCAUCCAGGCCCAGUAGGGAACCGCGAUGACACCAAGCCGCGGCAAUUCUCAGACGAGCCUCUAGCCUCGCCGUCCUCGAACAUCGAUGAGGUUGUAGAGACUCGUUCAACACGCUCUGCCUCGACAGCGUCGAGGAGCACAAACAGGCUGUCCCUGACUCUACCAAUUGUACCAGCAACCGCCUAUCCAUCACGCCCAGCUCCUGCCUCUUCUACAACACACUCGUUCCCCCCGACACCGCUCGACACUUCAUCCCUGAUGUCCCCGGCUGACUCGGCCGACUUCAUCACCGCGAUAGCAGCGCAGGAACGCCGCGUCCUGGAGCUGAGAGAGGAGCUCAGCCGGACCGAGUCGGACCUUGCACGGCUGAAGAAGCAAUGGGCGACACACGAGGCGUACAAGAAACGGGGGGUACGACGAAACAUCGAGCCCAUCCCCGGCCUCGGCAUGUCUGCCGAUCCGCACGACGAGACGGCUAUCCGGCGUAGCGUCGAGCUCGACAGGAGGAAGGCGCUGCUCGGACAGCAGAACCAGCAGGUGACACCAGAAAGGGCCCGGCGGCGCGUAUUCACAGGAAGCCACACGCGCACUCUGUCGCUGCUUUCGCCAACGAAGCUAACCGGGGGGUUCUCUGCGAACGAGGAUGAACCGGAGAGCGCAAAGGCCGACUUCGACAACCGUUCCGCCGCGGCCGCACCCGCCUUGCAGCCCAAGCGCGCAUCCUGGGCUUCGCGGUCGACGCAGUCAACCGGGGUGAAGCAACUCGCCGAGGACCUUAAGACGGGCCUCUGGACCUUCAUGGAGGACCUGCGGCAGGCCACAGUUGGCGACGAGCCGAUUACCGGCCAAGGGGUGUACAUGCGAGGCAUCAAUGGCAGCAUGCGGCCUGCCGCUUCAGGAAAUUCCCUCACCGAUCAAGACACGAUUCGCCCGCCAAAUAACCCACGACUCCGCCUUGCCUCGGCCUUUGAAGAAACCCCCGAAGCCUCAAAUCAGGACAAAGUAGCCCAGCUACACAAGGGCGGAGCAGCCAACAGCAGCAACAACGGUGACGAAGACGACGGCGCCCCGCGCCCCUCCCUUCAACGCUCCAAAACCGACUCCGGCCCAACGCGCAAGCGCUUCUCUUGGGCGCCCCUCCCCGUCGAAGCCCUCGACGACAACGACUGGUCCAACUGGGAUAGCCCCAACAUCUCGUCCCCGCGCUGGAGCGGCACUACCGUCAACGGCGACAUCAUCCCAUCCAUCCCCGAGAAGCGCGCGGCCGACGGCGACGAGGAUACGCUGCUCCUCACCACCCGUUACCCCUCGCCGCCACCGGCGUCGUCAGCAGCCAUGCUGUCGGGCCUGAGCCCUAAUAAACUGGAGGACAUGCUUCCGCAGGCUCUGAACCGGCUGACGCCGAGCAAGCUCAAAAAGACGGCGGCCGACUUUAUGAAAGAAUGGGAACGAAGUCUCUCGUCGCCGGUCGAGAUACCCGUUUCGGUCGCUGCGGUUGGGAAGGAGAAGGGGGUUUGA